AUGGCCCAUUCUUCUUCCUUCUCCUCUUCUGUAAGGGCCCGCUUCGAGAAGAUGAUUAGAGAAGCUCAAGACCCCGUCUGCACCGCCCUUGAGGCCGCUGACGGCGGGGCCAACUUCAAGGAGGAUGUUUGGUCCAGGCCCAGCGGCGGUGGUGGCAUCAGCAGGGUUCUCCAGGACGGGGCCAUUUGGAAGAAGUCUGGAGUUAAUGUCUCCGUUGUUUACGGCAUCAUGCCGCCAGAAGCUUACCGCGCUGCAAAAGCUGCCGCUUCUCCUGACCAGAAGCCUGGUCCUAUCCCGUUCUUCGCCGCUGGAAUCAGCUCCGUUUUGCAUCCGAAGAACCCAUUUGCCCCAACCUUGCAGAUUAUGAUUUUCCAUCCUUAUUUCGGAGCUGUUUCUCAUACCAUUAUUAUUACUGUUGUCUGUCAUAUAGCUCAAAAUCUUACUUAUGUUCAAUGCAAAAAUAUUAGUUCAUGA